UCCGAGUAAGAGUAUAGGUCGACGCAUUGGUGAAAUAUCUGGAAGAAUAUAAAUGGUGACGCACGUAGGUUAGCAAGGAAAGCACAAAAAAGAGGAAAGAAAGAAGAAGGAAAAUUUGAUUAUUAUUAUUAAGAUUUUCUGGGAAAAUUUUUGGAGAUUGAUUUUCCGGGAAAUGGGAAGGGGAAGAGUGGAACUGAAGAGAAUAGAGAACAAGAUCAACAGGCAAGUGACCUUCGCUAAACGGAGAAAUGGGCUUUUGAAGAAAGCUUAUGAACUUUCCGUUCUUUGCGAUGCCGAAGUUGCUCUCAUCAUCUUCUCCAAUAGAGGAAAGCUGUACGAGUUUUGCAGCAGUUCAAGCAUGCUCAAAACUCUUGAGAGAUACCAGAAGUGCAACUAUGGAGCACCAGAGCCAAAUGUUUCCACAAGAGAGGCCUUGGAACUGAGCAGCCAGCAGGAGUAUUUUAAGCUUAAAGCUCGCUAUGAAGCUCUGCAACGAUCCCAGAGGAACCUAUUGGGAGAAGACCUUGGCCCAUUGAGUAGCAAAGAACUUGAAUCACUUGAAAGGCAGCUUGAUAUGUCACUUAAGCAGAUCAGAUCAACAAGGACUCAGUACAUGUUAGAUCAGCUCACCGAUCUUCAACGUAAGGAGCAUCUUCUUAACGAAGCAAACAAGACUCUGAAACAAAGGUUAGUAGAAGGAUAUCAAGUAAAUGCUCUCCAAUUGAACCAAAGUGCUGAUGAUAUGAUGUAUGGAAGACAGCAAGCUCAGCCUCCAACUGAUGCCUUCUUCCAUCCCUUAGAUUGUGAACCCACCUUACAAAUUGGGUAUCAGCCAGAUCCCAUAACAGUGGUCACUGCUGGGCCAAGCAUGAAUAAUUUUCUCCCAGGAUGGUUGCCUUAAGAAACAAGAUGGGAAUUUUCUACCAUUCAAAAAAAAAAAAAAAAAAGAAAGAAAAAAAAAAAAGUCUAUUUUAUUUGCUUUCUGUUGUUUUUAAGCCCCCUCCGAAAAAAAAAAGAAAAAAAAAACAUUUUUCAGUGCUUGGAACUUAUAUAUAUAAUUAAUACAAACUCUGCACUUUAGUUUUUGUAAGAAAAUUAUAUGUAUUUUAUGCCAUUUCCUCUCUUAGAGAUCCAAGACUUUACUUUUUGAACAACAAUUGUAAUUUGAUUAUUUUUCUUUUGUCAUAAAGUUGUAAGUUUGUGUG